UAUGUCUGAGGAUCUCCCACUGGAACUGCGGACGGUUUGCUAAGCCCAUUAGUGCCCUGGACCAAGACUCACCCCACGCCAUCAUGUCCCACUACCUGUGUCCCCCUAACAUGUCUCUGUUCAUCCAGAACGUGGCAGACAACACCAGGUCUAAAGAUUUACGACGUGAAUUUGGUCAUUAUGGUCCUAUAGUUGAUGUGUAUGUUUCACUUGAUUUCUACACACGCCAUCCAAGAGGAUUUGCUUAUGUUCAAUUUGAGGAUGUUCGUGAUGCUGAAGAUGCUUUGCAUAAUUUGGACAGAAAAGGGAUUUGUGGACGUCAGAUUGAAAUACAGUUUGCACAAGGAGAUUGGAAGACACCAAAUCAGAUGAAAGCCAAGGAAGGAAGAAAUGUGUACAGUUCUUCACGCUAUGAUGAUUAUGAUAGAUACAGACGUUCUAGAAGCCGAAGUUAUGAAAGGAGGAGAUCAAGAAGUCGAUCUUUUGAUUACAACUAUAGAAGAUCCUAUAGUCCUAGAAACAGUAGACCGACUGGAAGACCACAGUGUAGCAGAAGCCAUUCCGACAAUGAUAGACCAAACUGCAGCUGGAAUACCCAGUACAAUUCUGCUUACUACACUUCAAGAAAGAUCUGAAAGCAGAUAAGGAAC